GAAUGAUCCUUCAGAACUUGGCUAAUAUGAGUAAAAAAAAAGUAUAUCAGCCGGCGUUUUAAUUUGAAAUCCUGGCAAGAAUGUUUUACCACAUAUCGUUGGAACACGAAAUUUUACUUCACCCCCAAUAUUUCGGACCGCAGCUCCUCGAGAAGGUGAAAACCAAGUUGUACACGGAAGUCGAGGGAACGUGUACCGGCAAGUACGGCUUUGUUAUAGCGGUAACCACGAUCGAUAGUAUUGGAGCCGGUUUGAUUCUUCCCGGCCAGGGCUUUGUCGUAUACCCUGUAAAGUACAAGGCGAUCGUUUUUCGGCCAUUCAAGGGCGAAGUGUUGGACGCGGUAGUCCGUCAAGUGAACAAGGUUGGAAUGUUCGCUGAAAUCGGACCUCUAUCCUGUUUCAUUUCCCACCACUCUAUACCCGCAGAAAUGGAGUUCUGCCCCAAUGUUAACCCUCAGUGUUACAAAACCAAAGAUGAAGAUGUUGUAAUAGCGGCCGAGGCUGAGAUAAGACUGAAAAUCGUGGGGACGAGAGUUGACGCCAGCGGCAUCUUCGCCAUUGGAACCCUAAUGGACGACUACUUAGGAUUAAUCAGUAAUUAAGUAUAUAUGUCUUGGUUUAUAUUUUAAUAAAAAUUGUAAUAAAAGUUCG